CUGAGUAGCAUGAGCUCCCAGGUCUGAGGAUGCUGAGGAUGCUGAGGAUGAGGGAAGCAGGGGUGUGUGUCACAGGGCGGGACCUGUCAGUGGCUGAAGUCAUCUCGGCAGUGGUAGCCAAGGACUGUGCGGGUCUCUGGCCUCUCACCUGGAGCGCAGGCCAUAGGCUUUUCCAGGUUCUCUGCCCUGCCUGAGCUGGUGACAGAGAAGAGGCACUGGUCCCCUCCUCUCCCUCAGCCGCCCUUUCCCACCCACCCACAGCGAUUAUUCAUGCGCCCAGGGUCCCUCCCACCCCGAUGUCCAUGCUCCGCCCCUCGCGGCCACACUCACACUGCCAGCAGCCCGGAGAAGGACUGCUGGCCAGCCAGGCAGUACCUAGCCUGGGGUCUCCCCUCCUGCCGGGACACCCCAACAAGAUGCCCAUCCAGAUCUUCUGCUCGUUGUCAUUCUCCUCUGGGGAGGAAGCACCCCGGACCCUGGGAGACUGUUGGGGUCCCCACCAGGGGCAACCGCAGCCAGACAUCUCUGAAUCAGAAGAGGAGGCAGUGGAGGAGUGGGGGCAGGGGGCUGUGCCAAGCGAGGGCAGAGCACCCGUGGACUUGGCCACGUUCGCCAGCAGCUGCACCCUGCAUGGUGCCGGCCACAUCUUCGUGGAGGGGGGCCCGGGGCCGAGGCAGGUGCUGUGGGCCAUGGCCUUCGUUCUGGCUCUGGGUGCCUUCCUGUGCCAGGUAGGGGACCGCGUCGCCUAUUACCUCAGCUACCCACACGUGACUCUGCUGGACGAGGUGACCACCACAGAGCUGGCCUUCCCGGCCGUCACCUUCUGCAACACCAAUGCCGUGAGGCUGUCCCAGCUCAGCUACCCCGACCUGCUCUACCUGGCCCCCAUGCUGGGCCUGGAUGAAAGUGAUGACCCUGGAGUGCCCCUGGCCCCCCCAGGGCCUGAGGCCUUUUCUGGGGAGCCCUUCAAUCUGCACCGCUUCUACAAUCGCUCUUGCCACCAGCUGGAAGACAUGCUGCUCUACUGCUCCUACCGCGGGGGGCCCUGCGGCCCCCACAACUUCUCGGUGGUCUUCACUCGGUACGGAAAGUGCUACACCUUCAACUCGGGCCGAGAUGGGCGGCCGCGGCUGAAGACCAUGAAGGGGGGCACGGGCAAUGGGCUGGAGAUCAUGCUGGACAUCCAGCAGGACGAAUACCUGCCCAUCUGGGGGGAGACCGAUGAGACAUCCUUCGAGGCCGGCAUCAAGGUGCAGAUCCACAGCCAAGACGAGCCCCCCUUCAUCGACCAGCUGGGCUUUGGGGUGGCCCCAGGCUUCCAGACCUUUGUGUCCUGCCAGGAGCAGCGGCUCAUCUACCUGCCCCCGCCCUGGGGCACCUGCAAAGCUGUCACCAUGGACUCGGACUUCUUCGACUCCUACAGCAUCACCGCCUGCCGCAUCGACUGUGAGACUCGCUACCUGGUGGAGAACUGCAACUGCCGCAUGGUGCACAUGCCAGGGGACGCCCCCUACUGCACUCCAGAGCAGUACAAGGAGUGUGCGGACCCGGCUCUGGACUUCCUGGUGGAGAAGGACCAGGAGUACUGUGUGUGCGAAAUGCCCUGCAACCUGACCCGCUAUGGCAAGGAGCUGUCCAUGGUCAAGAUCCCCAGCAAAGCAUCAGCCAAAUACCUGGCCAAGAAGUUCAACAAGUCUGAGCAGUACAUUGGGGAGAACAUCCUGGUGCUGGACAUUUUCUUCGAAGUCCUCAACUAUGAGACCAUUGAGCAGAAGAAGGCCUAUGAGAUAGCGGGGCUCCUGGGUGACAUCGGGGGCCAGAUGGGGCUGUUCAUUGGGGCCAGCAUCCUCACGGUGUUAGAGCUCUUUGACUACGCCUACGAGGUGAUCAAGCACAAGCUGUGCCGACGUGGUAAGUGCCAGAAGGAGGCCAAGAGGAGCAGUGCAGACAAGGGCGUGGCCCUCAGCCUGGAUGACGUCAAGAGACACAACCCCUGCGAGAGCCUCCGGGGCCAUCCUGCCGGGAUGACGUACGCCGCCAACAUCCUACCUCACCAUCCAGCCCGAGGCACCUUCGAGGACUUUACCUGCUGAGCCCGCAGGCCGCUGUACCAAAGGCCAGGCCGAGAGGGGGUGGGCUGGGAAAGCACGCUGCCCUGGGGACCCCCCUCCCUCCCUAGGCAGCACCCCACCCCGGAGCAGUUCUUCCCUCCCGUGGUCCGUGGUGAGGAAGGUGUCCUCUCCUGGCCUCAACCCUGUUCUUUGUCUUUUCAACAACUAAUCUAGAAGAGAAACAGAGAAAGGGGGCAGGUGACCUCAGGCUGCCCCUCUGCUCCAUGCUGCCUCCCCCAGCUCCCAGCCUGAAUCCUGUCUGUCAUCUGAGUGUCCACCUACAUUCUGCUGCCACCACUCACCAAAUCCCCUCCCAGUGGGGGAAGUGGGGAGACCCUUGGCGCCUGACUUUUUGCCCCAAACCAGAGAAUGUAAUGUACCUUGAAUGGGAGGGCUAAUGUUGGGGGGGAAUCCCCAGCCUUAAGAGACACUCUCGGCCUAGUGACCCCACCCCCACCCCAAGUCCCCAGGAAGGAACUAGGAUACUAAGUCUUCUACCCAUACCUAUGAAGUCUUUGGGGAGAUUGGGGGAUGGGGAUGGGAGAUGCUCUGAAGGGAGUAGAGUGGGACAAGAUGUGGCCCUGGUGCUGUAGGCCAUGUCCUGACACCCACAGGCACACCCCAGCUGCUGGAGAGCAACCCCAAAGGCAACCCAUCUCUACCACCUCCUAACAGAUCCAGCUGGUUGGCUUCCAGCUCAGGGAGAGGGGCACUGGUGCCUAACCUCACUGGUCUCUCUCCCAGAGGGCCCCCGCAGAGGGCCACAUCCAUAAAUUUUCUUAUGGAACUCUCCAAGUCCUCUUCCCCCAACUUCAUUUGCUUCUCUCAACAACCUCAUCUGCAUUUUCUAUUUCUAUAUGAUACAGACUCUAUAUUGCUAUAUCUCUGUAUAUACUUUCCCCCUAACUCUGUCUGUCUUCACCCCAUCCCCUCUUGUCUCUGAGAACUGUCUUCCCACCCCCAAGUCCCCCCUUCUGUGUUUCCGCCCCUUCCCGGGUCUCUGAAUGCCUUCACCUGUAUAAAGGGUUGGACUCUCUCUCCCCUGGUGUCUGUACUGUGUACACACAUCCUUCUGAGAAGCACAAGGAGACGACACGCGCAUUGUAACCUUCGCACUGUCUCGGUGGCGACAUAAAGGAAGCUGUGAAUCACAAGCUCUGCCUCUUUCUGGCCUCAGCCUCUCCUCCCAACCUGGUACCUUCUGCCCUUCCUGUAGCCUUAACAUCCUCUCCCCUCCUCUACCCACCCCCCUGCACCCGUUGCCCAGCGCUGACUGUGGCCUCCCCAGGGAAAGGGUUCUGCAGAGAGAGUCGGGGGUGGUGGUGGAGAUCUGCUCUGAAGGUGACAGAUGGCAGAAGCUGAGGCCACAGUCACUUGCCUUUCCCUCCUCCGGGUGCCCUGCCCCAUCUCCUCACCCAAUAUCCAAGCCCACUACUUAUAUUCCCUGAGAGGUAGGGCUUGGCUGUGGGAAGAAGAGGCAGUCCUAGAGCAGAAGCUGAGAGCUCUGCAGUUCUGUCCCUCCAUACUAGUGAGACAUGUAAGAGAGACAGCCCGCCAUGCCCCUCCACAAGGCAUGGGGCCAGAGCCCUGCCCCUUUCCAGACCUUCUCUACCCUGCUGACUCACAGGUCUCUUCAGCCCAGGACAGGACCUGUGGCAGGUCACCUAUGCACUGUCCUGGAGCUGGAGAGUGAGCUAGAGGUUCUUUGGGAACUCUUGCUUCCUAGGGUUCCUUGGAGAUGAGGCUUCUGUAGGAAACAGGAGCAAGGCCAAAGGGCAAAAUCUGGAUAGGGAACAGCAGGCAGGGCUACGGGGUGGUGGGCGCAUGCCUCUGGUCUAAUAAACUGGGUUUCAGC